AUGAUCGAGCAGAAGAUUGAGUACUACGACUCGAUGGCCGGCUAUAGCGACAGUGAUCAAUGUUUGCGACUUCUUCUCGACUAUUUGGUGAAAGAAGCGGAGAAUAAGAAAAAGGCGUUUAACCCAAAAGAAUGGAGCACAGUUUUCCGACAGGAUUGUCCUCAACAGAAGAAUGGUUACGAUUGCGGUGUCUUUUCGUGUCUCUUCGCCGAAUACGCAUCGCGUCAAGCGGAUCUCACCUUCACUCAAGCCGACAUCAACUACUAUCGAAAGCGAAUGGUUUGGGAAAUUUGUAACGCAAACAUGCUGGAGUCU